AUGUCGACCGACCAAAUCGUCAAACGUGGCACCCUCUUCAAGAAAAGCUCGGGCAACGGGUUCUUCAAGCGCUACCAUUGGACACCUCGCCAUUGCAUUCUCACAACCGCCUCACUCAGUUACUACACCCACCAAGGCGGAGCGUGGAAGGGCAGCAUUGACCUGACCGAGUGCACGUUGCAGUCGUUGGAAGCGAUGCCAGCAGAUUGUCCAAAGACUGGGCGAUCGGUGGCCACAGGGUGGCGGAUAGCCAUCCAAACGCCGUCCAAACGGUACUUUAUUGCAGCGACUUGUGAACGAGACAUGCACGAGUGGCUCCAGGCGUUGAAGGAAGUGGUGCUGCUCGGUCACUGA